AUGCCAGGAAAAAUUCCAUUAGACAAAGCCACACUCAUGAUUCCCACAUGUACCGGCGAACGGGACGUGUACCAAUUCAUGAAAGCUUGCGAUUUGGCUUGUUCAGCCGUAGAAAAGGAAGACCUACCCAUACUUACGAAAUUUAUUAAUACCAAGCUGUUCGACCAAGCUCUAAAUGUAUGUCGAUAUAGGGACACUAGCGAUUGGGAAGGUAUUAAAUUAAUUCUGUUAGAUGCAUUCGAACCACAACAAUCGACAUCGUCAUUACAAGUGGCAUUAAAUUUUGUAUGCAUGCGAAGUAACGAAGACGUAGGUGCAUAUGCGCGUAGUGUAGAACAGUUAUAUUGCAAUAUAUGUGUAGCAAGUACAAAAGGUAAAACUACAGAACAGGCAGAUACAAUCCACGAUCAGUUAAAGGAACAGACAUUGGUAGUUUUCAUUAAAGGGUUAAUACCUAGCUUAAAGACCAUCGUGAAAUCUCAAAAACCACCCACUUUAGAAUUAGCUAUCCAGGUUGCUAAAGACGAAGAGACUGAAAUUAAGUCUGAGUCAGAUGCAUACCAAUAUUAUGGAGGCAAUAGUUCAGGUAGACAAGUAAACAACUCCACCGGGGAUACCAGUAAUUCUAAUAGGCGGAAUAAUAAUUUUAAUAACAAUAAUCGUUAUAAUUAUAAUUAG